AUGCUCCGCUCCACAGCCCUGCUCUUCUCAAUCUCCUCCAUGGCGGCGGGCCACCUUGCGAUCCUCCGGAAUGACAGUCACCUCAAAACGCUAUCAUCACGCCACAUGCUCGUCGCCUUGUCAUCGCUACGAGAAUCGAUCCAGACCGAGAAUCCCGAGCUCUCGUUGGCCACCAUACUGAUGCUCCAAAUCUCGGACCGGCUCUUCAACACGGACAGCCAAAUCGAUCAUUUGGCUGGAGCCAAAGCCGUCAUCAUGCACUCAGGGGGGCCAAUGAACUGGAACACUUCGAGCGCGCAAUUCCUUCUCAGCCUCUGCUUCUACCACGACGUCAUGUCUUCCAUUUCCCGCGCGUCUAGGCCGCUGUUAAGCAUGACGAAUGUGGCGCCUCUCGAAGGUCUGCACAGUCUGGCCAAGCUUACUUCCGUUGUGUCCAUCGUCAGUACCGUCAGCAAGAUGCAAGGGCAAUCCGGCGAAGCGCACCAGAAAAGGGGCUACGGCAUCAAGAGAAGCCUGGAGGAAGUCAGCUUCUCCGAGGAAGGGGAUCCAGACAUUGAGCACACGAUCCAAGCCUACAAACACGCGGCCAUCGUCUACCUUUAUCGAGUAUGGGACGACGGAGAAUCGUCGACGAAGCCACAUUACGCGGAGCAGUGCAUCUACCACCUCUUGAAGGUACCCAUUACAUCAUCCUUCGUCUCUGCCCAUGCGUGGCCUCUAUGGACUGGUGGCUGCGAGUCCGUCGAAAUUCGCCUACGAUCAGGGAGAUGUACCAACAUCGUCAACUCCCUUCCCUUCAACGAGUGCAAGAAGACAUGGAAGAAGUGUGGCAGGUGA